AUGUCUGCCUCAACACCAAGGUCUAAGCCUACAGUGCCUGUUGCACUUUCAUCUGAGUCAAUCGAGGAUCUCAUCUUCGAUGCUCGAGCAGGCGAUCUCCAGGCUCUGAACGAAGACGUCGCUAGCCUAGCCUCGCAACACAGCUGUCCCGAAUGGCAAAUUGUUGCCUCGGCUAUUGACAUGGAAGAGGAGAGCGAGGGUGGCUCCGGAUCCUGCGUGCUGCAUUUCCCCUCUGCAAAUGGAAACUCAGAAAUCCUCAACGCUCUUCUUUCAAAGUUGUCUGCUGGAGAUCAAGCCCAGCGCACAGCUUUCUUAAACCACCGCAAUUACUCUGGUAACACGCCUUUGCACUGGGCUGCACUGAACACGCACUUGGAGUGUGUGAAGGCGCUUGUCGAAGCCGGUGCCGAUGUUGCUAUUAAGAAUGAUGCUGGACAUGAUGCGGUCUUCCUUGCUGAGCGGGCUGCUUGGUCUGCUUCUGCGGAGGAGGUCAAGGAGGAUGAGAAUGGAAAUGAGGAGAUCGAGAUGACUAUUGGUGAGGCUGAGGGUGGUGAGGAUCAGGAAGCUUCUAAUGCUGGGGAGAUGUCUGCGGGCAGACAGGUUGUUGAGUGGUUGUUGAGCUCGGAGAAGGCUGGUGGGUUGGAAAGUGGUGCUAAUGAAGGAGAGAGCUCGGCUUAA